UCCGCCUAUAGUGCGUGUUCCAUAGAGCCUCUCUAUCCAUCUUCUCUUUCAUGCUGUUUUUGUGUUAGCCUGUAUUUAUCAUCCCCCCUACACACACCAUAUUUCCUCUCCUUGCUUUUCUUUUCUUUAUUUUAUUUAAUGUUUCUUGUUCUUAUUAUUAUAUUUCCAUAAUAAUAAUAACGAUAACAAUGGCUGUUCAAGCUCAAUAUCCAUCACAUAUUAUCACCCAUCAAGAUUGUAAUUCAUUACAAUUACAAUCCCAACCUCCCCCAUUCCUUCUUCAUCAUCCUACCGAUUUUCAUUCCCCAGCUGAGAGUAAUUCAAGAAAAAGAAGAAGAGAUAUAGAUAUGAAUCAAUUGAUGUCACUUCUUCAUCAUCAACAACAACAACAAUUACAGCAUCAAAACGUCGACGUUUCAACCGGUCUUAGAUUAUCUUUUAACGACCAACAACAUUUGCAACAACAACAACAUUCUUUGUCUUCACAAUCCUCUGUUUUAUCCGAAGAAAUAUCAACACAAAUUACACAACAACGAUAUGAAAUCGACCGCUUUCUUCACACCCAGAGUGAGGAGCUCCGGCGCACGUUAGCGAAUAAAAGGCAGGUACACUAUCAUGCGCUGAUCCGGACGGCGGAGGAGUCAAUUUCACGGCGGAUGAAAGACAAAGACGCAGAGGCGGAGAAAGCCACCCGGCGCAAUUUAGAAUUAGAAGCCAGGGCGGCGCAUCUUAGCGCAGAGGCGCAGGUUUGGCAAGCGAGAGCGAGGGAACAUGAAAUUGAAGCUGCGGCUUUACAAUCCCAACUAAAUGAUGCUAUCGUCAGCGGGAGGCGUAGGUUAGCAAAUGAAGCUGAAGUUGGGCUAACGUGUACAAGCGGUGACGUGCAGGAUGCCGAGUCAGCAUAUAUUGACCCGGACCGAGUUGUCUUGAUGAGUGGACCCGGUUGUAAAGCGUGCGGGAAACGAGUUGCCUCAGUGGUGUUGCUGCCUUGUCGACAUUUAUGUGUUUGUACAGAAUGCGACGGCGUCGUUUCAGCCUGUCCGCUAUGUCUUUCUUUCAGAAGCUCUAGUAUUGAAGUCUAUAUGUCAUAAUAAUUAAAACAAUGUGGGCCAGUUAUCCAGCCCAAGUUUCAGGAGGCCCAGUUUGAGUUUUUAUCUUUUUGAGUUUUUCAGAGGGGUAAAAUUAUGUUUUGCCAGAGGAAAAAAAAAGUUAAUGAGAGAUGAGUGCAUUUUAUUAAAGAAAAUUUAACAGAGAAA